CUUGCACCUUGCUGCAUUUCUCGCAUUUCUCAACUUUUCUAACUUUGGCAUUCUGCAGCGGCCGCAAAGGAAGUGGAACCCUUGACCCUUUCCGAGGUCGCGGUUUUCGGUCACUUUGCUUGUGCAUCUCAGCAGGCGUGCGGAUACAAACGAAAGUGUGACGACCUUUCGUUUCAGGAAAGAAUUUCUUGUUUUGCGACUCGAGUUCGGUGUUUUGGUCCAAGAUGCCGUGUGAAAUGAUCACCUUGCAGCUCGGCCAAUGCGGCAAUCAAGUCGGCUUUGAGUUCUGGAAGCAACUUUGCUUGGAGCAUGGAAUCAGUCCGCAAGGGCUGCUGGAGAAUUUUGCCACCGAGGGCCACGACCGCAAAGACGUGUUCUUUUAUCAGGCUGACGAUGAGCACUACAUUCCCCGUGCAGUUCUCCUUGAUUUGGAACCCAGGGUUAUCAAUACGAUUAAAAACUCUGAAUAUGCGAAACUGUAUAACCCGGAGAACAUUUAUGUCAGCGCGCAGGGUGGUGGUGCCGGAAACAACUGGGCCACCGGCUUCCAUCAGGGUGAAAAGCUGCAGGAGGAGAUUUUCGAUAUCAUUGACAGAGAAGCAGAUGGAAGUGAUAGUCUUGAGGGUUUCUUCUUGUGUCACUCGAUCGCCGGUGGCACUGGUUCGGGCAUGGGCUCGUGCAUUUUGGAGAAACUGACGGAUCACUUUCCCAAGAAGUUUAUUCAGACGUACAGCGUGUUCCCCAACUUGGACGAGAAGACCAUGAGCGACGUGGUGGUGCAGCCGUACAACUCGAUCCUGACCCUGAAGCGGCUGACGCUGGACGCCGACUGCGUGGUGGUGCUGGACAACACGGCGCUCAACCGCAUUGCCGCCGACCGGCUGCACAUCCAGAACCCGUCCUUCUCGCAGAUCAACAAGCUUGUCUCCACCAUCAUGUCUGUGAGCACCGCCACGCUGCGUUACCCGUCCUUCAUGAACAACGACAUGAUCGGACUCAUCGCGCCCCUCAUCCCUACGCCCAGACUGCACUUUCUUAUGACUGGAUACACGCCGCUCACCUCCGAUCAUGAGGAAACUUCAGUUAGGAAAACGUCUGUGUUGGACGUCAUGCGACGGCUGCUGCAGACAAAAAACAUGAUGGUUUCCACAGCGCCUGAUAGGAACAACUACCACAAAUACAUUUCAAUUCUCAACAUUAUCCAAGGCGAAGUUGAUCCGACACAGGUGCACAAAAGCCGGCAACGAAUCCGCGAACGCAAAAUGGUCUCGUUCAUUCCUUGGGGUCCAGCGACCCUGCAGGUGGCCUGCUCAAGGCGUUCCCCCUACCUGCCUAGUACUCACCGGGUUUCAGGACUCAUGCUGGCCAAUCACACGAACAUUUCCUCAUUGUUUGAGCGUGCAUUGCUACAGUACGACAAGCUGCGUAAAAGAGAGGCCUUUUUGGAGCAGUUCAGGAAGGAACAAAUGUUUGAAAACAACUUGGACGAGUUAGAUAGCUCAAGAAACGUGGUCCAGGAGCUGGUCGAUGAGUACAGGGCAGCGGCCGGGCCGGACUAUCUCAACUGGGGCAAAUAAUUGCAAAA